GCGUCUCGGUAGCUAUUGACAACAGUGUGAUUCACUCAAAGUUUGCAUUUCGUCUUGCUAUAUUUUGUAGACAGCAAUACAUACCCUAUAUGCACGGAUAAAUAUACAGUUGUCCUUUAGGAUACGUUUGUUUACCGUCCACGAUGAUGCUGUUCAAUGCAUGGACUUUUGACAUGUAACGUUAACGUUCAACUUAGCCAGCUGCUAGCUGCUAACGUUAGCUCUUCCUAAUUUGCUUUGUAACGUUAGCUACUCUCUCCGACCGAGAAAGUUGUCAACACCCAAGCUCUAUGAUGGCUACUAGAGACAGCAGCCGCAUCAUGCUGCUGAAUGAAGAAGUGAGGAGUUUAUCUGAGGAGUUAGUGACAUGCCAGGCUGACAAGGAGUUUGUGUGGUCCCUAUGGAAACGCCUCCAAGUGGCCAAUCCGGACCUGACCCAGGCCGUCAGUCUAGUGGUCGAACGAGAGAAAUGGAAAGCUGAAGCCAAGGACCGCAAGGUGCUGGAGAUCCUGCAGGCCAAAGACUACAAGAUCCAGGAGCUGGACCAGAGAGUGACAGGGCAACAGCAGGAGAUCACCAACCUGGUCCAGAGGAAGAUGGCUGUGGACGAGGACAGAGGCCUAGUGAAGAAGGAGCUGGCAGCUCUGCGCCGCAAGCUGGGGAAUAAGAGUCAAGAACUUAAGGAUGUGAAGGAGGAGAGGAGGAGGAGAGAAGAGGCCCUGGAGGAGGAGAAGGAGGAAUUAGAGUCCUGCUGCUCUGCCCUGCGAUGUGACCUGGAGCAGGCACAGAGGCAGGAGAGGAGGCACGGAGAGGAGAGAGACGCCGCGGACGCCAAAGUCAAGGAGAUGGAGGGUGAUCUGAGCGAUGCCCAGCGGCAGGUGGCAGACCUUCAGGCCCAGUGCAGCAGCCUGGCAGACCUCCUCUCCUCCAGGCAGAAGGAGGUGGCACAGAGGGACCAACACGUCACCCAACUCGGGCGUGAGCUGCAGGAGGUGCAGGCCCUGUACAGACAGAGUAGUGAACAUGCAGCAGAGCAGGCCCAGCUCAUCCAGCAGCUAGAGGGACUCAACCUGGACACACAGAGCGUCUUACGCAACCAGGAAGAGGCUCACACUGCAGACACCACCUCUUAUCAGAAGCUCUACAACGAGCUGAGCAUAUGUUACCUGGCGCUCAAAUCCAACGAGGGCCGGCUGUGCCAGAGUCACGUCGCCCUGACAACCCAGCUGGGCCAGAAGGAACAGCAGAUUGUGCAGCUCCAAGGCCAGCUACAGCAACAACAACAACAGCAGACACACAACCAGCAGCAGCUUCCACAGACCAUGGCCCCAGCCGGUCCCCCAGCCAGGCAGACCAACUCUAAACACUUUGAGGUGAGCUGUCGGAGGUUUGAGCUAGAG